AUGCCCGGAGGAAUCGGUAUGCUGGCGACUGUGUCGGGUCGACAUUGUAGUUACAUGCUCCUUAGACCACUCGCGGACCGUCGUUUUCAAGUGUCAAGGGUUUGUCGAGCAAUGACAGCCGUAACUACCCGUGACUGGUACGAGAUGCCCCGCGAAAGUACGGCCGCGACAUUGCCGCUGUUUGACAGCGGCGUGUUUAGGCAUACAUAUGCCCCCGAAGCAAGCGCAGUGUUUAGGGUGUGCGGGUGUUUGUCGAUCGACGCUGCCAAGUUGCCAUGCAACGUGUGGAGUCUCGCAUGGUUGGCCGAUGUGGGAGGCGAAAUGGGUGGUGUGCGGCGGACAGGCAAAAAGGAUUCUCUCUGCAGCAAAUACGGUGCUUGGACUACGGAAGUGGCGUCAGCAGGGAAGAAAUGGCGAACCAAGAACUGGAUCAAUGCGGAACAUGGCGAGGAUGGUGGUCAUCGGCGAUGUGGUGGUGGCCGUUUCGCACCACAUAUUAUGCGUUGCGCACGAAACCUUGGAGGUACACCAGGUGAAGGUGAAGUGGUGAAGUGCAAGUGUGGCUGGGGGGAAAUAGUGCGACGAGCAGAGGUGAGGCGUAGCAAAGACCAAAGAGCACGUUUCGCAUGGUGGCUCUACCAGAAUGCGCCUCAAGACAUCAAAAUGAAGCAAAACGUUUGCGGGCAAACAUGGUAG